CUGAAGCGGAAGUGUCUUACAGAGGAGGGGUCCAGGCUGACGCAUGCAUUUGCACUUUGAGCAUUUGUUAUUACGUUAAGAAAGACAUUAUAAAUCCGGGCACUAGCAUAUCUACGUAGUGCAGACACAGGACUGUGCGGUGCAGUUAUGUCGUUCAGCGGAGAAGCCGUGUUUCGGGCCGUGGAGGCGCCGCUGUUCUGGCUCGGUGCUCUCACCGCGGCCUGGCUGUCCCUGUGCUCCGUGUACCGACUGCUGUCCGGGUUCAGGGUGUGGGUGCUGGGCAACGGACGGCUCGUGUCCCCCGCCAAACUAGGAAAGUGGGCAGUUGUGACAGGAGCCACAGAUGGUAUUGGAAAAGCAUAUGCAGAAGAGCUUGCCCGCAGAGGCUUUGCCAUCGUGCUGAUCAGCCGCUCUCAGGAGAAGCUGGAUGAUGUAUCCAAGGCGAUUGCCAGUAAAUGUGGUGUGGAGACAAAAACAAUUGAAGCAGACUUCAGUGCUGUUGACAUCUACUCCAAGAUUGAAGCUGGACUCGCAGGACUGGAGAUUGGAGUAUUGGUAAACAAUGUUGGGAUCUCCUACUCUUACCCAGAGUUUUUCCUCAGCGUCCCCAAUCUUAACACUUUCAUAGACACCAUGGUCAACAUUAACAUAACAUCAGUGUGCCAGAUGACACGUCUUGUUUUACCACAAAUGGUGGAGAGGAAGACGGGAGCCAUCCUCAACAUCUCGUCUGCCAGUGGCAUGUACCCUGUUCCUCUUCUGACUGUCUAUUCUGCCUCCAAGGCAUUUGUGGACUACUUUUCACGAGGACUGCAAGCUGAAUACAAGAGUAAGGGGAUCAUCAUUCAGAGCGUUUUGCCAUUCUUUGUUGCAACCAAGCUGAGUAAAAUCCGACGGGCCACACUGGACAAGCCCAGCCCAGAGCGCUAUGUUGCAUCUGAGCUCAACACUGUGGGGCUACAGACCCAGACCAAUGGCUACCUGCCCCAUGCCAUAAUGGGUUGGGUGACUACAGCUCUGCUCCCAGCCAAGAUCCUCAACAGUUACUUGAUGGGGAUGGGCUUGUCCCAGCGCGCUCGUUACCUCAAGAAGCAGAAGCAGGGAUAGAUGGAUCGGUGGAGGCCGGGAGCUGCAGAGGCAGACAGAGGGGACCAGCUGCGUUAAUGACUCGUCCGACUACCAUCAUCAUCAUGGAGCGAGCAGAGAAAAUGUGACAGUUUCUGGGCAACAUCUCAGUUUCCCCUCCCUCUGAUAUUCCUAGUUGUAGAUGAUGUGAGGCAGUAUCUGGGCACGUUCUAAGUAUUCAAUCCAAGCAGUUGUGCAAACAAUAUUGAACAAAAUGGUGCUCUUUAUGGAGUGAACAGCUUUAAUGAAUAGGACACUAACAUCAAAACUAAAACCAACAGCGAAAACUAACCAUCUGUCUGCAAACCGUAAUCAGAAAUGAAGCCCACAGGAGAAGAUUUAAGAGAUUUGGACGUGUCUGUUGUUCCAAACCUCCUGUGAGUUUGUGGACCAGCUUCAAGCUGCUUAAUAAAACACUGGAGGUACUUACUGUUUUGAAAGCACUUAGUGAGUUAUCAAGACGUACGAAUGCAGAACUUUAUUUUUCCAACCAUUUCUACUGUGAUAUUCUUAACUUCCUUAAGUCGUUCUUGUGUUGUUUUAUAUGUGUAGUUUACAAAUGCACAGCUGUACACCUUCCUUUUGAAAAGCAACACAAGCUCAUUCAAGUACAUCCUAUUUUUUUGUGUGUUAAUUAAAUUGGUUUCUCUGCUGUGUUAAUGUGUUAGUGGAGGGGCCGCAUGUGUAAUUUAACCAAACUACAUUUCAUGUGUAUAACAAAAUAGAGUGUAAAUGAAUAGCCAGCACAGAGGGAGAGGUUGUGAUGUUAGAAUAUUAAAAAUGUGUCUUGUUUACGUUCAUAAUUGAGUUUUGGAGCCAUUCCUACAACGAGCAUCACUGCUUUGAAUUCUUUAAAUUCCCAAAAUAGAUUUUAUUCCACGAUAAAUGAGUGGGUGGCUUUUUUUGUGUGUGUGUGACAGUAAGUGGGUCACGGCAACAUUUAUCUCCAUCUUUUCACCUGUUUUGUUGCGUUUACUAAAACAGGAAGUGAAGCAGAAAAAAAUAUCAAAUGUGACAUUUCUUUGACGUCCUUUUGUGAUUUUUUUUUU